AUGAAUCCUUGGAUCCAUCUCACAAGCCUUCUCAGCUUGACCGCUGUGGUCGCUGCAGCUCCCCGUACCAAGACUUGUUACACGAGCCCUCCCACCACAAUCACCAAGAUUGUCACCCAGACCUGUCCUGCCCCCAAGACUGUCUACCUUGACACUGCCGGUAACACGGUACCUUCUCCUGCUCCUACCAAUCCUGCGAGCUAUGUCACCACUCUUCCGGCUGUGACCAAGAUCACUGAGAUUGUCUACCCAUCUUCGAUGUCUGUCAAUGGUGGCGAGACCGUCACGAUCAGUGGUGUACCAACCGUGAUUGCUGGUCCUACCGUUUUGACAAACUGUCCAUGCAUCACUCGCACUACUGUGGUUGCACCCGGACCCGUCAUCACUCUGCCUGCUGCCUUUGCUCCAGGUGCAUCUUCUGGCAAUGCUGGCGGAAACGCUGGUGGCAACGCUGGCGGAGCAGUCGGAGGAGGCAAUGCUGGUGGAAACGCCGGUGGCAAUGCAGGCGGAGCUGGCGGACGUCCUGAUACCACUGUCAUCAAUACCUACAUCGUCUACCCUACCGGUUUCAUCGGAGGCGGUGGCGAAACCUUGACGAUCAGCGGCACCAUCACCGUCGUCCCUUCGCCUACCUAUAUUUCUCAAUGUCCUUGUACUCAAGCUACGGUUGUGACCGUGACUGGGCCUACCAUCACCAACACUAUCACUCAAUUUAUCCCCAUCCCGACAGUGAUUGCAGGCGCGACUGUCACAAGCACUGCAACUGUGAUCUCAGGAGUCACUGUCACACAGACCACCACUGCAACCGCAACUUCUGGCGCUGGGGUCCCUGCAGCCGGUACAUUUGGCAUCACAGUCGACGGUGCGACUUUCCUUGUCGAAGAGCAGAUCAACUACGAUGGCACUCCUCUUGCUCUACCCGCCCGCAAGAACAAGCGCCAGCAGACUUCGGUCAACCUUCAGGUUUGUCUCGAAACCUGUGCUGACAACGCUGCUUGCGUGGGUACUUCUCUCAACACUGAAUCUUCGACUUGUCUCUACUUCAGUGCCAUCUUUGCAUCAACCAGACGUCGCGAUGUCACUAUCAUCUUUGCCACUGUUAUCAGUCGCGUUACUCCAACUGGAACCUCUAGCUUGAGCAGUUCAUCUGCAAGCUCAACUGGUAGCUCAUCUUCUGUGAUCACUACCACCUCUGCCACAUCCACCUCUGGUACUUCGACAUCGGGCACCUCUACUUCCGGCACCUCGACCACUGAGAAUGGAGGCACUUCGACGUCCGGUACAUCCACCUCCGCAACGUCGACCUCUGGCACAUCCACUUCUGGCACUGCUACCACGAGCCAGACUGCAGACCCUUCCUCAGACCCCGAUGUUCCCGCUGAGGAGGAACUCGUCGUUCGUGCCGCUGCGCCCAAGCCUGUUGGUCUGACCCUUCGCGAGGCAAACCGUAACAAGGCUGGUGCUGUUGUUCGUCGCGGUGGUGUUCUCCGCCGCUCCAAUGCUGAGCCUGCUGCUAAGCACGCUCCUCGCAAGGUUGUCAUUGAGCUGUAA